ACACACACACGCCCCCCCCCGCCCCGCCGCCGGCCGCCCCCCCUUCAGGUCCUUUGAAGAGCGGAGAAGAGAAAGAGGAGGAGAUCAGAAUUGAAAAGGAGGCGGAGGGAGAGAAGGGCUGUUCCCCGCCCGCGCUCGGCUCGCCCACCGCUUUCUCCCGGCUUCCAGGAUUCCUUCAAGACCCGCCGAGCCCCGGCGCUCUCGGACUCCGGAUCUCGGGAGCUCCCCUCGCCGGCGGCUUGACGCAGUGACGGUGGCCGGAGGGAGAGGCGGAGGCGCUCGCUCUUUCCAGGCCGCCCAAGGAUUUCUCUUCUGGGUGUGGGUGCGAGCAAGAAAGCCAACGAGCGGGCGAGCCGGCGAGAGGCUGCUGCCUGCCUGGCAGGGAGAAGAAGCUGCCGUUGGGGGAGGGGCAGGAGGGGGCAGAGGUAGCGGCGCGCAAGAGAGAGAGAGAGAGAGAGAGAGGCGGAGAAGCGGCGGCGGCGACAAGACAAGGAGGAGACGCAGACUGGGGCUGGCCGCCCCUCCGGAUUCCUCGAGACGCCCCCUCCUCGUCUUUUGAGGUCGGAGGCAGUUCAAGGUUGGCCUUGCUGACUGGCCCUUCCAGGUGUUUUUUUGCAAUUGGGGUCCACUGGGUUUGCCGGCAAAGCACCGAUCAUGAAAAAGCAAAGUCCAUGACCGCCAGCAGAGAACAUCAACUCUGUGGCUGUUUUUGGAGGCCCACCAUCAAGACCGCGGUUCCAUCAGCAAGGUCAACCUUGUGAUUCCCCAUCUCUGGAGGAACAGAGACCUGGAGAGAAAGGAUGGAGAAGGAACCCAACACUCAAAUGAAGACCAGUGACAAAAAGAAAGGCAGAAGAAGCAAUGCAGAGAAGGAGAGCAAAGCUCAUGUCUGAACCAGGGGCCUCUUCAUUCCAGGUCCCUUUGUGUUCUGAGUGACUUCCAAACCCCUCUUAGAUGAUGGUGAGACAGUCAACUCCCCAGCCGCAGAGCCUUUGCUGAUGGCACGUGGAAAACCUUGACCCUGGUGUAACCAACACCUCCUUGUGUUCCUGUCCACUAAUCCACCCCAGAUGCUUCUUCAUGGUUCAGCAUCAUGAAGAAGGAAGGAAGAAUGACCAAGCUGCUGAAGAAACUUUAGUCAAGGCAGGGUUGUGCCGUGACCGAGCUGCCUCUUCCCUUCUUCUGGCCAAUCAAGGGUAAGACCCCCCUUUCGGUGUGGCCCUUCUCAAUGGCAGGCCAUCGGUGGGCCAUGACAUCAGCACUGUGCACCUAUGUGGCAGCUGUCUCUCUCCUCUACGUGAGCGAGGUCCAAGCCGACUGCUGGCUGAUUGAAGGGGAGAAGGGCUUUGUGUGGCUGGCCAUCUGCAGCCAGAACCAGCCCCCCUACGAGUCCAUUCCUCAGCAGAUCAACAGCACCAUUCUGGACUUGAGGCUGAAUGACAACAAGAUCAAGAGCGUCCAGUUCUCCUCCCUCAGCCGCUUCAGUAACCUCACAUACCUCAACUUGACCAAGAACGAGAUCUCGUAUAUCGAGGAUGGUGCCUUCUCAGGACAAUACAACCUGCAGGUAUUGCAGCUCGGCUACAACCGCUUGAGGAAUUUGACGGAGGGGAUCCUCCGGGGCCUAGGGAAGCUGGAGUACCUCUACCUCCAGGCCAACCUCAUUGAGACUGUCACCCCCAAUGCCUUCGGGGAGUGCCCCAACAUCAUGAACAUUGACUUGUCCAUGAACAGGAUCCAACGGCUGGACAGCAACACCUUUCGGGGCCUGAGUAAACUCUCUGUCUGCGAACUCUACAGCAACCCUUUCUAUUGCUCUUGCGAGCUCCUGGGCUUCCUUCAGUGGCUUGAGGGCUUCACCAACAUGACACGUACCUACGACCGCAUGCAGUGUGACUCUCCACCCGACUACUCUGGGUACUACCUUCUCGGCCAAGGACGGAGCGGAUAUCGCAAUGCGUUGGGCAUGCUGUCUUCUCUUUGCACUGGUGGCCCCUACACCAUGCCACCUUACUUGACCCCACCCAAAAAAAAACCUGUGACCACCCCUCCUCCAGAGAGCCCCUGUCCGGAGGAAGAGUGUUUCUCCGGAGAUGGCACCACGCCCCAGAUCUCCUUGCACACCCCAGUGAUUGAUCCAGGUUUGUAUCCCACCAUGAAAGUGAAGCAUGUGACCCAAAACUCGGCUGUGUUGAGUGUGCAGAUCCCUGUGCCCUACAGCAAGAUGUAUACCCUGGCCCAAUUUGAGAACGGCCGCUACAAUAUCCUGGCAAAGCUGCUGAAGAAGAAGGAAGAUAUCGAGCUAACGGAUCUAGGCCCAAACGAAAACUACACCUAUUGUGUGAUGUCCUCCAAUCGAGUCUCAAGGUACAACUACACCUGCCUCACCAUCAAUCUCAACAAGCAGAGCCCCGAAGAGCCAAUACCCAGGCCUUCAACUGCCACCCACUACAUCAUGACGAUCUUGGGGUGCCUAUUUGGCAUGGUGAUUGUCCUCGGAGUUGUGUACUACUGCCUGCGGAAGAGGCGUCACCAGGAAGAAAAGCACAAAAAAACGGCGGUGAACAUGAAGAAGACCAUCAUUGAGUUAAAGUACGGACCGGAAAUGGAGACUACCAGCAUCUCCCAGCUCUCCCAAGGUCAGAUGUUGGGCGGUGAGACCAUGACCCGCAUCCCUUACCUGCCCUCCGUGGGAGAAGUUGAGCAGUACAAGCUGAUUGACAGCAGCGAGACCCCCAAGGCUACAAAGGGCAACUACAUGGAAGUGCGGACGGGGGAACAGCCCGAGAGGAGAGAGUUGGAGCUGCCCAGGCCCCCAGAUAGCCAGAGCUCCGUGGCGGAGAUCUCGACCAUCACGAAAGAGGUGGACAAGGUGAACCAGAUAAUCAACAACUGCAUCGAUGCCUUGAAAUCAGAAUCUACUUCCUUUCAAGGGGUGAAGUCGGGAGCGGUGUCCACUGCCGAGCCUCAGCUGGUGCUGCUCUCUGAACAAAUCCCUAGCAAGCAUAGCUUUCUAGCGCCUGUCUACAAGGAAAGCUACAGCCACCCUCUCCAGAGGCACCACAGCGUUGAGGUACCUCCUAAACGGUCCAGCACUUCUUCCAGUGGCUCCAUACGGAGCCCCAGGUCCUUCCGCUCCGAGGGCUCCGGCCACAAGUCAGAAGCCAAAUAUAUCGAGAAGACAUCUCCGACCACCGACACCAUCCUCACUGUGACACCGGCGGCAGCUGUCUUACGAGCCGAAGCCGAGAAGAUCCGGCAGUACAGCGAACACCGGCACUCUUACCCAGGGUCCCAUCAGGGGGAACAACACGACGGCAUGGGGGGACGGAAGCCCUCCAUUUUGGAACCGUUGACCAGGCCCCGCCCCAGAGACUUGGCCUACUCGCAGCUCUCACCGCAGUACCAUAACUUGAGCUACACCUCCAGCCCCGAAUAUACUUGUAAACCCUCCAGGAGCAUCUGGGAGCGUUUCAAACUGAACCACAAGCGGCACAAAGAGGAGGAGGAGGAAUAUAUGGCGGCCGGCCACGCUCUGCGUAAAAAGGUCCAGUUUGCCAAAGACGAAGAUCUGCACGACAUCUUAGAUUAUUGGAAAGGGGUUUCCGCCCAGCACAAGUCUUGAGUUCUCCGCCGGCUCGUGACUUAACCACGGACCAAAAGAAAAACAAAAACAAAAAUCAGCAGCAGCUAUUAUUUUUAAUCCAGACUUAUCUUUAAAAGAAAGAAAGAAAGAAAGAAAGAAAGAAAGAAAGAAAGAAAGAAAGAAAGAAAGAAAGAAAGAAAGAAAGGAACUCUGAGGAAUCUAUCACUAUUCUAGAGCAGGCUGAAGAGAGCGAGUGAGAGACAGCGAUAUUAUGGUCUCGCUGAGGUGGGGUUUAGAAAGGAGAAAGGAACGAGGAGAGGAGCGAAAGGAAAGAUGCUUAAACAUUAAAAUAAACUCUGGGGUGGGGGAAAAAAACCAAAUUCUUUUCUUUAAACACACACACACACACACACACACGAGUAAAAUUGAAUUUUCAGAGAGAAAGAAGCGCCAAGAAUUUCAAGAGAGCCAGACAGAAAAUACGAAAGGAGCGUGGCAUAACCACAACUGCAUCGCAUGACUCCUUAUUCUGUGAAUUUUGUGGACUCUGUACAGCUUUGUCUUUCAUCUUUUCAGUAACCAAAAUGUAAAACAACCGAACAAAAGAGAUCAGUUAGAAAAGUGAGCAGAAGGAUCUUUUUUUUUCUCCUGUUGUUGUUAAAAAGAGAGAGAGAGAGAGAAAGAGAAAGAGAAAGAGAAAGAGAGAGACAAAGAAAGAUCAUCCUUUUUGGGCCUUUUGCAAAUGGAGUCUUCCAGUUUAGACUGUUUACUCGCCUGAAGUCCCAUUUGUGCAAAUUUUUUUAAGAUUUUAUUUUUUGGGGUGAAAGGAUCUGUCGGAACGUUGCGUUGCAAAACCGUCCUAUUGUACAGAGAGAAAAGAAAUUCUAUAUUUGCUGUAUAACGAGAGAGAGAGAGAGAGAAAGAAGAAAAAGAAAAAAAAUUACAUCUACUAAAAGAAAUAUAUCUAUAUAUUCACCUGUUUGUACCAGGUUUUAAUCAUGGAUUU